AUGUUAGUUUCGAUUUCAUUUGAGUUAGAUUUGAGUACGAUUGUGACUCUGAGUAAUGCUGCAUUCGUCUUGGUUCCUGGUGGAUUUGGAGAUCGUGGUGUGAAAGGUAUGAUAUUAGCUGCAAAGUAUGCCAGAGAGAACAAUGUUCCUUACCUUGGGAUUUGUUUGGGCAUGCAGACUUCCGUUUUGAGUUUAGAAAGGGUGGACAGCACAGAGUUCGAUGAACAUACACCAAAUCCUGGUUCAGGAACACAUGUGGGAAGCACAGUGAGACUGGGAUCCAGAAGAACGCUUUUCCAGACUCCUGAUUGCAUUACUUCAAAGCUGUACCAUAACUUGGAGUAUGUGGAUGAAAGGCAUCGGCAUAGAUAUGAGGUUGGUUGUAAUUUACUUCAGAUUUUAGAGCUUCCAAGCCAUCCAUUCUAUGUAGGAGGCAAUUUCAUCCAGAAUUUAAAUCACGGCCUGGGAAGCCCUCAGCUCUCUUUUUAG